UAUGGCAGAUUGAAUAAAACGCCGGGGUUACUUUGGCUCUUAGCACUGGCCCGAGCAAUUAAAAACUGGGUCGAAUAAGAGAUGGCGCAGGCGACGUGAUUAAGCUCAUUUUGCAUUCCUUUGGUACUUUUAGUAUUUACUUAGCUAUUUGUGAAAAGUGACUGCGUGAAUUAAAUAAAGCAUGGUGUGUGACAGUGGAAGAAAUUUACAGGAUAUGUGCAAGUGAUAUGUUAUCGCAACAACGUUGCGUUGAAUUAUUCAUCGGAUUUACUAUUUGGUUUAACUUGUGGGAAGAAAGUAGUGCUUAAUAAUGUUUACAUUUCGUCGUAAUACAAAUGUUUUGAUAAGUUUUUUUUUUAUUCCAUAGAUCAUGGUAUCGUGGGUAAGAUUUUACAUUCUCUUUAGCGGGAUUCCAAAACACCCGAGGCGCCACCUCGCGGUGAAAUUUCAAACCAUUCACUGGGGCAUUAAAAGAUAAUCGAUUUAGUAACAUUUGAGUGGGUGCUUGGCGACUUUUGGACUUAAUAAACCAUUGUUCAUUGUUUAUUUUGCAUAAAACACUUCUGCUAUUUUCUCCAAAAACGAAAAUCAUCACUGAAAAUCAUUUAAAAUAAUUGAAUUUUAUACACGAAUUGCCCGAAUUUUCACUUGCCAACUCGAAAUUAACAAAUUUCACAAAAACAAGGCGUGUAUUUCUGAAGAUCCUUAUUUUGUCCUUGUGGUUUCUUUUACAUCGUAGACAGCGAUUGAAACAAAAAUUGCAAUUGAAAUCUGGUAAAUAUGUUGUUUUUUGAUUCUGCUCUUGGCCAAAAUACUCAGGAUCAUUGGGCCAUACACUUACCUGAGAGGAUACCUUAAUAAAAGACAAUGGAAAAAGUUCGCUGACUAAAACUUGCAUAUAAGGGGAUAGAAUUUUUCCUACGUAAAGGGCACUCAAAUAGUACAUGACAGAUCUCCUACUUCCUCACAUUUACAAUUUCUUGCUUCCCUGACUUCUAUUCUUGCUAAACGAACUAUACAGCCACAAUUAACUCGAGUCCUUGAAAUCUAAUUAACGCCCUACACCAAUUCAGCACCUUUAAUUGGAAUGGCUUAGGUAAAGAAGGAGCCUGUAACAUUUUGCCCGCAUCUUAAUAUAAUAAAUGGGUACAACACGAGAUGUCACUUUGUCGAUGUUAUAUUUCGUUUUGGUUUAGUCUGUGGUGUGCGAUAAAAUCUGCGGCCCGUUUCGCGCUUAAAUUUGCCUUUGCAGGUUAAGCGCUCUCAGAAUCCAUUUUGUCCGUGUUUUGUGAGGCUCGAGAUAGAUGUUUUAGUGUAAAGUGUGACAUUUUUUGUCGGUGCUCGUCGAGUUAGCGAUGGAACUCGAUGAAUCUGACGGGGAAGCUGACGCCCCGGAAGUCGGUCAAGUCAAUCCCGUACCGAACGGCGACGUCGACGACGACGACGACGACGACGGAUCGACUUGCCCCAUCUGCCUCGACCGGUGGACCAACGGCGGCGACCACAAGAUAUGCGCGCUGAAAUGCGGUCACGUUUUCGGGUACAAGUGUGUGGUUCGCUGGCUCGACUCGCAGCCGAAAAAGACCUGCCCGACGUGCAUGACCAAAGCGCGUUAUUCUGAUCUGAGGUUCAUCUAUGCGAAAAAACUCGUCGCGGUCGACACCGUCGAACUGGAGUCGUUAAAGGAACGCCUGUCCGAGACGCUCAACGAAAACGGCCGCAUGUCGCAAGAGAUAUCCCGGUACGUUUCCAGGGAGCGCGUUCUCCUCCAGGACAUCGAGCAGAUAAAAAACAAAGUCCAACGUCAAGGUGAGUGCAAGGUGGCCGAGCAGAGGACGGGCGGCCCCUGUUCCGCGCAGCGCGUCCGUCUCUACAUGGACAAGAGCUUGGAGGUGUGCCAGGUGGCGGAGUGCCGCAAGUGCCGCGUCUUCGACAUCUGCCCCGCCGGGAAUACCCUGGUCGUGUCAUCGAAAGGCACGACGGGCCUCUUCAGGGGUUUCGGCUUGCGAAAAAUGAACCUGGGCUCGUACAAGACCACGCAGUUUUUGCAUCUCCACACCGAGGCGAUCAAGGACGCGUGCUUCCACCCGACCAAGCCCUGGGUCCUCACCGCCUCCUCCGAUAAGAAGGUCAAGGUCACCGAUAUGGCCCACAACCGGGUCACCCAUACCUUGGCCCUGGACACGGGGGCGUGGUCGUGCGCGUGGGACCCCGCGCGCGAGCACCGCUGCGUCGUGGGGACGCAGACGGGAAGCGUACAUGUCUACGACCUGCGAACCGUGGCCUCGCCCCUCGCCACCGUCUCCGUCGAAGGCGACUUCGCCCCCGUCGUGGCCGUCGCCGCCGUUAGGGGCGCCUCCACCGACUGCCCCGAUCUCGUGCUAUGCUGUAAACUGAACACGUUCUGGGCGUUCGAGACGCAAGAGGACGUCAGCUUUAAGAGGCACCUGUUGCCGUUGGACGGGCCGUUCCUCAGCGCCCGGUAUGACGACAAGUCGCGCCAUCUCUUGGUGAGCGCGCGUCCCAACAACCAGAGCGCUUACGCGCGCCACACCCUCUGCACCCUGGAGCGGACGGUCGAGCCGGACGCGAUAGGCGCGAACGUGGUGCACGCGUUCCGGGGCGGCAACGCUUCCCCCUACCUGUCGAAGCCGUCGUGCUUCGCGCCCGGCGACCUCGUCGCCAGUUACCACACCACGAGGCGCAGCGUGGUGCUCAACAGCGUCAACACCGGCUCGGAGGUGUGUUCGGUGCCCGCACGCACCCCGGUGCUGGACGUCGGGGCCUGCGAGACUCCCCACGGCAAGCUCCUCGUCACGCUCAACGAGAGCAAGCUCGAUUUUUUUAAAUACACCGCGUGAUCGUUUUUUACUAAUUAAGUAUACCCCGUUUUUAUUUUUUAAAUCGGUUUUUUUUUUGUUCAUUGUUUAAUUGGAGAUAUAUAUUUUUUCCUACUCGGAACGGUGCGUUUCAUAUUUACCCGCGCGGAGCCAAUGAUAGGGGCAGCUUUGGCCAACUUGAUGUCAAACCUUAAAGAAGAAGAAGAUGGUGGAUUCUGUCGUGAG